CAAGCAAAUCAUUUCUAUGAUAACUGUAUCUCGCCACUCCCUCUCCAGACAAGCAAAGACUGAUACCCAACAAGUCCUUCCCUUCUAAAUCUAAUUUCUAUUGCCGCGAUUCGGUGCUUCCAUUUCCAACUCCUGUUGCACAUUCCCGUUGUUUAGCAAAUCUGAUGCGCCCAUUUCUAUAAUAACACUCCUGCACUUCAAUCGACUCCACCUUCCGAUCCCUUCAAUGGAACCCGACGUGAGCGUCGAGACCUCUUCCAUGAUUCGGAUAGCCGUCCUCCCGAUCGGCCAUGUCCCACCGGGGAUCCUGCGGGACUACCACUCGAUGCUGCUGCGUCACCAGACGAUUCCUCUAUCUGCGAUCAGCUCCUUCUACACGGAGCACCAGAAGUCGCCAUUCGCCCAUCAGCCAUGGGACUCGGGCUCACUCCGGUUCAAGUUCGUCCUUGGUGGGGCUCCGCCGAGCCCGUGGGAGGAUUUCCAGUCGAAUCGCAAGACUCUCUCGGUUAUCGGCAUAUGUCACUGCCCUUCCUCUCCUGAUCUCGAUUCCGUCAUCGAACAGUUCAAUGCCACCUGUAAAAGUUACACCUCUGCUCUUGUCGAGCGAUGUUUUGCGUUUUGUCCCGGCGAUUCUCAUCUAGAGGAUGGAGGUAAGAAGGCCGACAACUUGAUUUUGUUUCCUCCUGCCGAUCGCCAAACACAGGAGUUUCACUUGCAAACUAUGAUGCAAGACAUUGCUGCUUCCCUUUUGAUGGAAUUUGAGAAGUGGGUCCUCCAAGCAGAAUCUGCAGGGACUCUUUUGAAGACACCAUUAGAUUCUCAAGCCAGUCUCAGCUCAGAGGAGGUUAUCAAGGCCAAAAAGCGAAGGCUAGGUCGUGCACAGAAGACCAUAGGAGAUUAUUGUUUGUUAGCAGGAUCACCUGUUGAUGCGAAUGCCCAUUAUCAGACUGCACUAGAACUAGCCAGAUUGACUGGGGAUUACUUCUGGUAUGCCGGGGCACUGGAGGGCAGUGUUUGUGCUUUACUGGUAGACCGCAUGGGUCAAAAGGAUUCUGUUGUAGAGGAUGAGGUUAGAUACCGAUACACUAGUGUCAUUGCAUAUUACAGAAAGUCAUUCACACAAGACAAUGCUCAGAGAGUUUCUCCUCUGAGUUUUGAACUUGAAGCUACCUUGAAACUGGCCCGAUUUCUGUGCAGGAGAGAGCUGGCUAAGGAAGUAGUGGAGUUGUUAACCAGUGCUGCUGAUGGUGCAAAAUCUUUGAUUGAUGCCAGUGAUAAACUCAUAUUAUAUGUCGAAAUAGCGCGGUUAUUUGGUAUGCUUGGAUAUCAACGAAAAGCUGCCUUCUUUUCUAGGCAGGUAGCUCAGCUGUACUUCAGACAAGAGAAUAGACUGGCAGCUAUUAGUGCCAUGCAAGUUCUGGCGAUGACCACAAAAGCUUACCAUGUUCAAAGUAGAGCAUCCUUCUCCAAUUCUAAUGAAGCUGGAUCAGGUCAGAUUGACAGUGGAAAAAUGCAUCACCAAUCUGUAAUCUCGCUGUUUGAGUCUCAGUGGAGCACUUUGCAGAUGGUUGUUCUGAGGGAGAUAUUGCUUUCUGCAGUUCGUGCUGGAGAUCCUCUUGCUGCCUGGAGUGCAGCAGCAAGACUACUAAGAUCUUAUUACCCUCUAAUCACACCUGCUGGGCAAAAUGGCCUUGCCAGUGCCCUUACAAAUUCAUCGGAAAGGUUGCCAUCUGGAACUCGUUGCGCUGAUCCUGCCUUACCUUUCGUAAGGUUAUAUUCUUUUCCUCAACAUCCCUCACAGGUAGAUAUUGUAAAAAGAAAUCCAGCUAGAGAAGAUUGGUGGGCUGGAUCUGCUCCCUCUGGCCCCUUUAUCUAUACACCAUUCAGCAAAGGGGAAUCAAAUGAUACUAACAAACAGGAGCUGAUUUGGGUAGUUAGUGAGCCAGUCCAGGUUUUGGUGGAGUUGGCAAAUCCAUGUGGCUUUAAUUUGAGAGUUGAUAGUAUAUAUCUCUCAGUCCAUACAGCAAAUUUUGAUGGUUUUCCUAUCAGUGUUGAUCUCCCACCUAAUUCAUCAAAGGUAAUCACAUUAUCUGGAAUUUCCACUGCAGUUGGACCGGUGGCAAUUCCAGGAUGCACUGUCCAUUGCUUUGGUGUGAUUACUGAACAUCUUUUUAAGGAUGUUGAUAAUUUGCUUCUAGGAGCAGCACAGGGACUUGUACUUUCAGAUCCUUUCCGAUGCUGUGGAUCUGUGAAGUUGAGAAAUAUGUCUGUUCCAACUAUAUCUGUGGUUCCCCCUUUGCCAUUGCUAGUGCCACGAAUUGUAGGUGGGGAUGGUAAUAUUGUUCUGUAUGAAGGUGAGAUCCGUGAUGUGUGGAUAAGUCUGUCGAAUGCAGGAACAGUUCCUGUAGAGCAGGCACAUAUCUCAUUAUCUGGAAAAAAUCAGGAUGCUGUUAUCUCAAUUGCAUCUGAAAGUUUAAAGUCUGCUCUUCCUUUGAAGCCUGGUGCUGAAGUGACUGUGCCUGUGACCUUAAAAGCCUGGCAACUUGGGCCAGUGGACACUGAUAAUGCUGCUGGCCGGGGUGCCUCAGUAAGCACAGGAAGAAAUCUAAAAGAUGGAAGCAGCCCCUCAUUAUUAAUCCAUUAUGCAGGCUCAAAGCUAUCUCUCAUGUGUACGAGAAUUGACAGGGAUUCUGCUAGGGUAUUGAUACCCUUGGAGCAUUUUAAGUUGCCCAUCCUUGAUGGUUCCUUUUUUGUGAAGGAUUUUCGUUCUGAUGGGACUAUCAGUGGCAGGAACUACAACUUCUCAGAGAAAAAUACCAAGGCUGAACUGAAUGCAUCAAUUAAGAACCUGAUAUCCAGAAUAAAAGUCAGGUGGCAGUCAGGACGGAACAGCUAUGGAGAACUAAAUAUUAAGGAUGCUAUACAGGCAGCCCUUCAGACAUCUGUUUUGGAUGUAUUGCUUCCAGAUCCAUUGACGUUUGGUUUUAGGCUUGUUAGGAACAAUAGACAUGUCUCAAAAGUUGAUUUUCCAAGAGAAUCUAAUGUAGAGCCUAUUUCCUCUGGGUCUAAAGGUUCUGUGCUGGCACAUGACAUGACUCCAAUGGAAGUUCUUGUUUGUAAUAAUACUAAGGAAAUGAUCAAGUUGAAUCUCAGUAUUACUUGCAGAGAUGUCGCUGGAGAGAAUUGCGUAGAGGGUGCCAAAGCAACUGUCCUGUGGUCUGGUGCUUUGAGUGGAAUCAUGAUGGAGGUUCCCCCACUUCAAGAGACCAGGCAUCCUUUCUCUUUAUACUUCCUUGUACCGGGUGAAUACACAAUGGUAGCUGCGGCGGUGAUUGAGGAGGCUAAUGACGUUCUUAGGGCACGAGCGAGAACUGAUUGUUCUGAUGAACCAAUAUUCUGUCGUGGUCCUCCAUUUCAUGUUCGUGUCAUCGGAACUGCAUGAUGGGCUCUUUUGGUCCAUUGGUAUUGUAUCAGCACCAAUUAUGUCUAGGUAUCUAUUUGAUCAUCAUUUUAUCUGCCUAUGGUCUUCAGUUUUCUGUUGUAUAUCCAAAUUUAGUCAGUUUAAGCAAUUGAAUCAAGUAUAAAUUUGUGAUGAGUCUUUAAUUCCCCUGUCUAGUAACUUUUCUUUUCCAUUA